UGAAACAACAAAUGGUGUUUGGGACGCUUUCAGGUGAGCAUGGGAGGAAGGAAGAUGGCCAGAGACGAAGAAAAUGCCUAUGGUGCCGAAGACGCCGCGCAGGCCCCGCAGGAGCCCAGGCUGAGGCUCAUCCUGGCCGGGAGGACAGGAGCCGGCAAGAGCGCCACGGGCAACAGCAUCCUGGGCCAGAGGCGGUUCCUCUCCAGGCUCGGAGCCGCGUCCGUGACCAGAACCUGCGCCGUGGGCAGCCGGAGGUGGGCCGGGGGGCACGUGGAAGUCAUCGACACCCCGGACCUGUUCGGCGCCGAAGACCCGGAGACAGAGCCGGGGUGCGGGGAGAGAGGCCGCUGCUACCUGCUCUCGGCCCCCGGGCCCCACGCCCUGCUCCUGGUGACCCAGCUGGGCCGCUUCACCGCCCAGGACCAGCAGGCCGCGCGGCGGCUGAGGGACAUGUUCGGCGACGGCGUGAUGGCGCGCACGGUCGUGCUCUUCACGCGGAAGGAGGACCUGGCGGGGGACUCGCUGCAGGACUACGUGCGCUGCACCGACAACCGCGCGCUGCGGGAGCUGCUGGCCGAGUGCGGGGGCCGCGCCUGCGCCUUCGACAACCGCGCCACCGGCGGGGAGCGGGAGGCCCAGGUGGCCGAGCUGAUGGCGCUGGUGGAGCGGCUGGUCGGGGCCCACCGGGGCGCCCCCUACACGAACGACGUGUACCGCCUGGCGCAGGCGCUGGGCGGCGCGCGCCCCGAGGAGCGGCUCCGCAGGGUGGCGGAGACCGUGGCCGCCCGCCUGCAGAGGCGGCGGGGGCGCGGGCUGCUGGCCGCGCUGUGGGAGUGGAGGAGGGCGCCCUGGAGCCGGGCCAGGCUGGGCGUGGCCGCCCUGCUGGUGGCCCUGGGCCUGCUCUACCUGCUGCUCUCCAGGUUCUGGCAGGACGCCGCGACAGACAGUGCAGUUCUUAAAAAUGCGGUAACUUGGCGGGAAAGGAACUGAUAGGUUGGAGCCGAAGAGGGAACUUACGACCUCAUUCCAAAGGAAUCCUACAGUUUCAGACACAGAGUUUUAAUGACACAGAAAACUUUGAACACUGCAUCAAUUUUGCAAAAGUUCAAAGUUCACUUUUUAAGUUUUCAAGUUGCACUUUUGACUCAUGUACAUAGUUUUA